CCAGUAGGCGUGGCCAUAGCAACAGCAGUAACGACAAACAGGUUGAGAAAGAAACAAGACGCAUCUUUCACUCCGUCGAUCGUCUUUUCCUCAGCGUUUACUUCACUUGACUUGAUUAUACUUUCACUGCUGUCGGGACAGUUGCAAAGAAGUUUCCCAGAGAAAACCAGGGAGUGAUACGGGAAGUGUGACGUCGUCUUUCUCCAUUUAAAGCCGCCUCCCCAUAAUGUCCGCUCCUGGUUACCCGGGCUCUCCCAACCAGCCGCCCUACCCGAUGCCUCAGCACGGUGGCCAGUCCGCGCCCCCGUAUCCCGUUCCGACGGGGGGCUACGGAGACCCCAGUCAAGCCCCUCCACCAGGCUUCAGCAUGGGGAACAUGGGCUACAAUCAGGGUCCUCCUGCUCCCGUCAUGUAUCAGCCGGGUCAAGGGCCAGAGUAUGGAAGCCCGCACGGGGGGAUAUCCCCGGCUCCGGCCCCCGCCGCCGGGUCUCCUGCCCAGGCUGUCGGGGUCCCACCCGGGCUGGAGUAUCUCACGCAGAUCGACCAGAUCCUGAUCCAUCAAAAAGUUGAGCUCCUGGAAGCAUUCAUUGGCUUCGAGACAAACAAUCAGUACGAGAUAAAGAACAGCCUCGGGCAAAAGAUCUACAAGGCCAAGGAGAAAAACGACUGCUGCACGAGGAACUGCUGCGGCUCCAUGCGCAGCUUUGACAUGAAAAUCAAGGACGUCAUGGACAGGGAGGUCAUUCGCCUCAUCCGGCCUUUCCGCUGCGUCUCUUGCUGGUGUCCCUGCUGCCUGCAAGAGAUGGAGGUCCAGGCACCGCCGGGGACGACCGUGGGCUACGUCCAACAGGACUGGCACCCUUGUCUGCCAAAGUUUUCCAUCCUCGGACCAAACAAGGAGACCGUGAUGAAACUGGAUGGGCCCUGCUUCGCCUGCAACUGCUGUGGGGACGUCAACUUUGAGCUGAAGGGGAAAGAUGGCGAUCACACCAUCGGUCGCAUCAGCAAGCAGUGGAGCGGCCUCCUGAAGGAAGUCUUCACCGACACUGACAACUUUGGCAUCCAGUUCCCACUGGACUUGGACGUGAAGAUGAAAGCUGUCCUCAUGGGCGCCUGUUUCCUGAUUGAUUUCAUGUUCUUCGAGAAAGUCGGGGAGGCCAACCAGCGCAGCUCGGUGUUUUCAUAGCCGAGGACAAAGAAGAAGAGGUGAAGCAAAUGCACGGCCACAAGGGUCCUCUCAUAUUAUUCUCUGUCUGUACUUUAUUUUUACACUUGUUCGGUGCCAGUCCCACGAUCCAUUUAUAGACACGUGGACAUUCUGAGCUAAUCAACUCUUGAUUAGGUUGAAUAGUUUGGGAUUUAAAUGUAACAGCAGAUACUCGUGUUCUUUAAACUCCACACCGUCCACAGAUGUUUGUUCAGCUUUGAAGUGAAAUUCACCCUGACCCUGAAUGUUUGUUUUUCUUCCCCUGUCCACAUGUAAAAAAUAUACUCACACACUGAUAUUUUUGAUAAAUUGUUCAUCUUUUAUGAAGACAUUGUAGAACAUCUAGUCUCGGUGCAAUAUUCUUGUAGCUUUAGUUUUAUAAAAGUAUAUCCUUGGCUUUGUUUAUACGAUGCUCACACCAGCUUCCUGAUGGUAGGGCACAUCUUCAGGUCCACCUUUGUAGUCGUUAAAGUUUCUCCGGACACUCUCAGUCCAUCCGGACUUUAGUGAUCACUUUUCAUCACUUCAGAUCCAGAAGUUUAAUUUAAUUAGUGCUCAUUCUCAUGAAUAAAUAUCGGCUGACAUUCCCAGCAUCUUCAUCCGUGUGAUGUGUUUGGUGUUAACUCGCUAAUUUUAGCAUGUAAAAACACCAAAAACGUGUAUGAAAUGGUAAACAUUAUAUCUGGUGAAUAACACCACGUUAAUAUUGUCACCAUUUGAUUCAAAAGAGCCUGUGCAUCGGUCUAGCUUCUGUUUUCUAGCAUUUUCUAAAGUUUAACAGAAAAUGUGCUCCUCAAAUGAGGAAGUGUUGGGUGGGAAGAGAGAAGUUGUGCAAGGAAGUCUUGACAGAGUGCAGACCUGCCUAAGUUACCCAAGUUAACACGUUCACACGUUCACCACAGAGCUUCGUUUGUCUCUUUAUGGUUUUCACACUUGUGUUGUCAGACCCUGUUGUGCACAACAAGCUGUGAGAGUAAAUGGGUUGCAUUGGUUAUAGCAUGGGGUUAGCAAGAAUGUCACUGCUACACCUUAACCCCACCCUUCAGCUUCUCACCUGGACACCUGUGUGUUCUUUGUAGGGCAGCAUGAAAAUAUAGGAAUGAAAUAAUGCAAAUUUAGGGUGAAAAAAAGGAGGAGAAACAUGUAUGUAAAAGAGCAAUAAAAAGCAGAAGUUGAGGUCUGCUGCACUAGUUAAUAGUUCAAACAUUAACAUCUGUUGUGUACCAGAGACCCAAGUGUGAACUUUAACCUUCUUCACGGUGUGUUUUCCUUUUCUUUUUUUUUUUCAAAAUGCCCUUUUGGUUCUGUUUAAUAUGCAUCUUUGUUCUUGUGCCUCCUGUGACAUGUUGCCACUAUUGCUGACUAAUCCACUGCAGCUAACUAAUACACUGCCACUAACUAAAACUGUCUUAUUUUCCUUUGCAUAGAAAAGGAAAAAUGAUCCAAAACAUGUACAGUGUUUAAUGCAGAUGUUUGUUUACUCUUUUACUGUUAAUCUGUACCAUACGCCUCAGUAAUACAGGCUGAAUCUGCCUUUUUUUUUUAUCAACUGUUUCCUACAACUGUUUCCUUAUUAUGCUAUUUGCUCUCAUCGAAAAAAAUGUAUUUCAGAAAAUAAAACAAACGCCAUGUUAAACCUC